AUGGAGUAUCGGAAACGCUCAUUAAGCAAAAAUUCUACUGAUCCUGACAAUGAAGUGCUCCCAAAAACUCGAAAUACUAAUAAUACCAGUUCUUCAAGAUGCUCGAAAUCUAAUAAGAAUGGUGUCGUUGAAUCACCAAACGAAUUGGCUUUGAUAAAACCAGCACCGUAUAGUGACGACCCGGAAGUCAUUGCGCAACGGGCACAUAUUGAUUAUUCGCAGAAAAUUACCCUUGAAAUGGCAAGAAGUAACAAAGCUGGCCGCCCCGUGCGUAUUUAUGCUGAUGGUGUCUAUGAUCUCUUCCACUAUGGUCACGCAAAUCAGCUGCUGCAAGCAAAACGUGCUUUCCCAAAUGUAUAUCUUAUUGUUGGAGUAUGUGGCGAUGCAGACACUCUCAAAUACAAAGGUCGUACAGUGACAUCGGAAAAUGAGAGAUAUGAAGGUGUACGCCAUUGCCGUUAUGUUGAUGAAGUCUAUAGGAAUGCUCCAUGGUUUUGCACUGUGGAGUUUUUAAAAAACCUGAAGGUUGACUUUAUAGCGCAUGACGCAUUACCAUAUGCUAUGCCUGGGGAUUCAGAUCUUUACGAGAAAUUUCGACGAGAAGGGAUGUUUGUCGAAACACAACGGACGGAAGGCGUUUCGACUAGUGAUGUUGUAUGCCGAAUAAUCCGUGAUUACGAUAAUUAUGUGCGCCGUAAUUUGCAGCGUGGUUAUUCUGCUAAGGAUCUAAACGUUGGAUUUCUUGCUGCGAGGCGUUAUCAGUUGCAGAAUCAGGUUGAUCAAUUGAAGCAAAAAAGCUUGGAAGUUAUAAAGACAUGGCGUAACAAAAAAGAUGAUUUUAUUCGUGGUUUUUUGGAAACAUUGCAAAAAGAUGGCGGAUUCGGUUUUAAUAUUGUUGGCAGUAGAUUGAGAACGCUUGUGUCACGUAGCCCUUCUCCGUUAGAAUAUGAGGAGCAAGCGGAAGAGGAUACUGUGGAUGCAAGCUCUUGCUGUGAAACAUCUUCAACAGCUAGUUUCGCAAGUGCAAAGAACGAAGCAUACUAA